CAAGAGAUCUAGGAGCUUUGAACAGAACCGCCAUCCUCCUUCUUCUUCAUCUUUUUUUUCUCGCACUUAUUCCGUCACAUCCAUGGUGUGUACACAAGCUCCACCUGCUGCUGCACGCCGUUGCAAGAGGACGAAUCACGGGCUCUUCUUCUUCUGUGCUGUUGCUCAUCUCCCUGCUCUCAUAGUUGCGAUAUCAUCCUAAUUCUCAACUUGAUACUCCAGAUGUGUUGGCAGUAGCAGCCAGGGGAAAUCCUCGAUCUUCUCCAUCUUCUUUGCGUGCGGUGCUGGUUUUUGUGAGUGUGAGCACAGAGUUUUCCUUCCCUUCUCAGCGUCAAACUAUCCCUCUUCCUGGUUCAACAUUAUCGGCUUUGUUGGUUAGUAAAUCUUACCUCUCUUCCCUCCUCCAUCUGGUGCUGUUGGUGUGCGAGGAGCUGAGUAGUUAAAGCUGGAGGUUCAGCUUGUAAGUCUCUUUGCUUUGUAGUUGGUUGUUGUGACUCUAUUCCUCUCCCUCUCUAGUGCAUCGUGUUCAGAAGUUCCCUCCCCUAUUUAGCUUAAGGCAAACACCAGAUUGAAUGAUUCAGGAAUGAAUGAGGUGGUGUCUUCCGUUCCCCUGUGGCUUGAUCGAGUAACGUCCGAGAAUCUUUCUCACUAUCUUUCCUCGUCUGCACCCCCAAUUGUUAUCCAAAAGAACUCCCAACCAUCUCGACUUCGUUUUUCCGUAGCUGACUCUGCUGGUGCCCCAAAAUUCUCGGCCGCUCUACGCCUCUCAAUUUUAACACCUGGUGUUUCCAUCAAUUAUUUGUCGCUGUGACGUUGAUUCCCAGUAUUAUGGAAGCUGAAGAGAUUGAAAGAGUUGGAAGAUUCUGUUUUGUAUCGAAAUUGAUUUUAUCCGCUAUUUUUGGGGCUCUCACGGGAUGUAUUGCCAUGGCGGGAGCCAUCACAGGAGCAAUAGCUGGUGCACUAGCGAGUAGAGCUUCCGAGAGCGGUUUUCUCCGUGGAGCUUCAUUGGGUGCCAUUGCUGGGGCUAUAAUAUCCGUUGAGGUGUUCGAAGCUUCCCGCGCCUACUGGUGUUUAGAGCAAAAUGGCUCAAGGAGCUCAUCAUCCAUGGCGGAUUUCAUAGAGCAACUUGUUCGUGGGAGGCUUGUAGAAGAACAAUUUACGCCAGCUAUACUAACUGCUUACAGUUGGCAGGUUGGGGGUGCUAAUACAGGGGACGGUGAGAUUCCUGAGGUUCAUAGCUUAAUUUCCCCUAGAGGAUUGUCUGGGGAUUCGUUGAAGAAGUUACCACACCAUGUUAUUUUAAAGGACACGAAGAUGGAGAAUCUCUGCUGCACUAUAUGUUUGCAGGAUAUUGAAGUAGGAGAAGUUGCGAGGAGUUUACCUCGCUGUCACCAUACGUUUCACUUGAACUGUGUGGACCGAUGGCUUGUCAAGAAUGAUUCAUGUCCUGUCUGCAGACAAUAUGUAUAGUUUAUCUAUUGUUCAUUUUGAGCUCAUAUUUUUGGGCCUAUGCAUAUUGUACAAUAUGUUUCUAUAUGCAAACGACGAGUUCCUUCAAAUGGGAAGGGGAUUUUGUACAGCUUAAAGUUAAUAAUGUAAUUAUCUUUGUUCGAA